AUGACUCCUGGAGGGAACCAUAGCGGUGGUGUGACAGAGUUCAUCCUGGCUGGCUUCCCCAGUCUCAACAGCACAAAGGCAGAACUGUUUUCUGUCUUCCUUCUCGUCUAUCUGCUGACUCUUACAGGCAAUGUCUUGAUCAUUGGGGUGAUACGAGCAGAUACUCGCCUGCAGACCCCCAUGUACUUCUUCCUGGGUAACCUCUCCUGCCUAGAGAUCCUGCUCACUUCAGUCAUCAUUCCCAAGAUGCUGAGUAAUUUCCUCUCCCGGCAACACACGAUUUCCUUUGCUGCAUGUAUUGCCCAGUUUUACUUCUACUUCUUUCUUGGGGCUUCUGAGUUCCUGCUGUUGGCUGUCAUGUCUGUGGACCGCUACCUGGCCAUCUGUCACCCUCUGCACUACCCCGUGCUCAUGAAUGGUGCUGUGUGCUUACGGAUGGCCCUGGCCUGCUGGAUGGGUGGGCUUCUCCCUGUGCUUGGCCCCACGGUGGCCGUGGCCUUGCUUCCUUUCUGUGAACAGGACGCUGUGGUGCAGCACUUCUUCUGUGACAGUGGCCCGCUGCUGCGCCUGGCGUGCACCAACACCAAGGAGCUGGAGGAAACCGACUUUGCUUUGGCCACUCUUGUCAUUAUAUCCUCCCUGCUGAUUACUGCUGUGUCCUAUGGCCACAUUGUCUCAACUGUCCUGCGCAUCCCCUCUGCUUCAGGCCGCCAGAAGGCCUUCUCUACAUGCACCUCCCACCUGAUGGUGGUGACCCUCUUCUAUGGAAGUGCCAUUUUCCUCUAUGUCCGUCCAUCCCAGAGUGGUUCUGUGGAUACUAACUGGGCUGUGACAGUGGUAACGACAUUUGUGACGCCUCUGCUGAAUCCCUUCAUCUAUGCCCUGCGCAAUGAGCGAGUCAAGGAAGUCUUGAAGGACAUGUUUAAGAAGGUGAUGACAAGUUUUAUGGGGGAUGUCUUCCUUGCUAAAAGUUUUGAUAAGAAAAUAAGAGGUGGGCCAGAGAGAUAG